AGAGCGGAACACGGAGCUGAACUGGUGAACAGGUGUGCAAAGAACAGGUGAUUUAUGAAGAAGAGUGAGUGACCUGAACGUCAACGAUGGGGAAGAGGAGGGUCCCAGAUUUGUACCGAGCCCCCUUCCCUCUGUACUCGGUGAAAGUGGACCCUAAAACUGGCCUGGUGAUCACAGCAGGAGGAGGGGGCGCCUCGAAGACCGGUAUCAAAAAUGCUGUGCACUUCCUGGAGCUGCAGCUAGUCGGAGAGCACUCGUACUCGGCCACCCUGCUUCACUCUCAUGACACGGACACUCGGGCCACCAUGAACCUGGCGCUGGGUGAUGGGACAAUUGCUGCAGGUCAGGACGGGACGUGCUGCUUGAUGAAGUUCAAACAUGGCUCACAGAAAAAAGACAGCAAAGCUGCAGCUAAAGACGGUGGUAACAGUGUGCAGAAAGGAAACGCCCGUAGACGAGGAGGUAAAGGAGAUAAAGGAGGAGCAGACGGAGCAGCGGCAGCAGGAGACAGCUCAGACACAAAGGAUGAGACGGUUCAGAUCACUGUGAGCACUCUGGCUGAAGUCGAGUCUGACCUGAACCCUCAGGACCCGCUGCAGAAGGUGGUCCGCUUCAGUCCGGACCUGAGCCUGCUGCUGACAGGAGGCACCGAUGGACACAUCCGAGUCUGGGAGUUCCCGUCUUUGAAGAAGAAGUUUGACUUUAAAGCUCAUGAAGGAGAAAUUGAAGACCUGGAUAUGAGUCCAGGGAACAAGCUGGUGACGGUGGGGCGGGACUUUGUCUGCAGUGUUUGGAGUGGAAACCAGUUAGCCAUGAGUCUGAAAUGGUAUGAAACACUGCCGCACAUCGCAGAGAAGACGUAUCGAUACAUGGCCUGCAGGUUUGGGAAGGUGGAGGAUCAGAAAGACGCUCUAAGGCUCUACACCGUUCAGAUCCCUCACAAACGGGACAGAAAACCUCCGCCAUGUUUCAUCACUAAGUGGGAUGGGCGGAGCUUCCUACCCAUGCUGACAGCGCCCUGUGGCUCUGAGGUCAUCUCCACCCUGGCUGUCAGUGAUUCUGGAACAUUCCUUGGUCUGGGAACUGUAACAGGAUCUGUGGCCAUCUACAUCUCCUUCUCCUUACAGCGGCUGUAUUACGUCCAGGAGUCUCACGGGAUCGUGGUCACUGAUCUGACCUUCCUACCUGAACACAAACACAUCAGAGGGAACAACGAGGCGGCCAUGUUGAGUGUGGCGGUGGACAGCCGCUGUCAGGUUCAUACUGUGGCCAACAGAAGGUCGUUUCCUGUCUGGCUGGUUCUCUUCUUCUGUGGUGUCAUGGUGGUGGUGGUGGUCCUCCUCCUGCAGCACCUCUUCCCAGGAUUCAUCUAAAACCACGCAGGAGCGAUCACAGUGAGAGUGGGCGGAGCCUGAACGCACCGCCAUGCUGCUUACAUCAUUGUCAAUAACGCAGCAGCAUGGCGUCCUGUGAGGAUCUACCUGCAGCACAGACCCCGCCCCCUCCUCUGGUGUACUCAGGGUCGCUGUUCCCCCCUCUGCUGAUCCCAGUGGAACCAGUAAAGGAGGACGGACUGGCGUUUUAUGACAGAAGAAUCAGCGUCAACCUGCUGAAGGGCUCAAAGUUUGAAUGUUUAAAGGGGGCGGGCUUUUUAUCCUCAUAUUUAAUGAACUAUGUAUGAAUAUAGAAAUGAUUGACACGUCCAUCCUGUGUCUGAUUUUUGUUUACACAAACACGCUGAGUUUCUGCUUCUCUGGAUGUUUUUGUUUUAUCCACCAGAGGGCAGCAGAGGAAGUCUUCAAUGUUUUAUCAACGCCACGUUUUAAUACUGUACAAUCUGUUCUUUUAAUGACCAGCAGUAUCGAACAUACCAAUGCUUAAAAUAAAAUCAAAUCUCCAGUCAGAUAUUUAACGCUGAAAUCCCAAACUAUGACUAAAUUGCAUAAACACA